CCUGUUUGGGAACGCAUAUCAAUAGGCGCGCGCGCACUGCAUACCGUGUCGAUCGGUUUCUGCAUCGAUAAGCAGUUACUUAAGUAACUCAAGAUUCCGAACUUUGAUUUAUCGCGCAGUUGUUUUAAUUUGUCAUCACAAUGAAGCUGGAAAACACCAUCACUUCUGAAAACAUCAACCAAAAUUUGCUGAAUGUGCGGUACGCGGUGCGAGGGCCCAUAGUGGACCGGGCUGCUCAGAUCGAGAGGGAACUGGUGAAGGGUGUCCCGAAGCCGUUCGAGCGCGUGGUGCGCGCCAACAUCGGCGACUGCCACGCGCUGGGACAGAGACCUUUCACCUUCAUCAGGCAGGUGUUGGCCCUUGCGUCGUGUCCUCAGCUGGUGUCCAUUGCCGACGUGCCGCCAGACGUCAAGGAGCGCGUGCGCACUAUUCUGGGCGACUGCAUGUGAGUAUCAAAUAUCAAU